AUAUCGAUGAGUGUUUGAAGGACAAGGGUGGAUGUAGUCACACUUGUGAAAAUACUGCUCCUUUUUAUAACUGCAAAUGUAAUGAUGGUUAUGUUCUGUUCACUGAAAAUGGGACGAUGAAUCGCUUCAUUGCUGAUGGAGAAACUGGACUUAGACAGGGAGAUGUGUAUCACAUUAACCAUACGUGUGUCCCUGUUACCUGUGGGAGACCUGCUGAUGUUGCUAAUGGUUCCAUUCACAGCAACAGAUCAGUAUUUUAUUUUGAGGAGACAGUCAACUUCAGCUGUUCAUUAGGCUGGAAACUGAAUGGAACAAGCAGUCUAACCUGUGCUGCUGAUGGAAAUUGGAGUAGUUCUCAACCUGUUUGUCAAGCCAUAUCAUGUCCCAAGUUUGUGAAGACAGGAAAAGAUGUCCAGAAAGCUAGAAUACAGAGAAUAGUUCCAGACACUGAUGUAGGAUUUGGUGAUGAGGUCAACGUGGAAUGUCUGUUAGAAAAUGGCUCACUGAUGAAUAAGACUCUUUACUGUGAAUAUGACAACCAGAACAAGUCCUACUCUCUUCAAGGAGACUCUCCUGUCUGUCCAG